GAGGACGAGAGCUGGCCUGGUGCGGGCUCAGUUGCUGUUUGCGCGGUGAUUUCGACGCACGGAGUAUACAAGUUUCCCUUCGGUUAAGACGCUCUUAACCGCGCCGCUGGAUACCCUGUCUUUUUUCUCCGAUUCGAGCGUGGAUGACCUCUGACCUGGGCUGGCGUAUGCGAAAGAGAUGAAGGCGGCCGUGUUGGCCGUGCUGGCAGCAGUGGCGACGGUAGUCGUCGGCGGCGCCAUGGACGUGGCGCUGUCGCCGCCGGCGCUGCUGCUUCCGUGUGGUGGCGUCGACACGUGCCAACAGGGUGAGCCCGCGGCUGGCGAGGUAACGCCGGCGUCGGCGCCACGGGCGCCGCGGCAGCUGCCGCUAGAGACGGACUGGAAGGAGCGCAACUGCAUGUGCGACCGCGAAUGCAGCCGCCACGCAGACUGCUGCGACGACGCGCCAAGCGUCCAACUCACUGCAAAGGAGCAACUGCCAUUUGAAUGUCGCGAGCUGCGCAACUUUGGCGGCAUCUACCUCAUCUCGACGUGCCCGUCCAAUUCAACGGCUUCGAACGCGACCAAGACCGCAUGCGAAGGUCCGGCCAACUCGUCCAAAGGUGACCCAGUGUCCGACCUACCUGUGACGGACCGCGAGACGUCCGUGACCUACCGCAACGUGCACUGCGCGGUCUGCAACGACGCCAAUCCAACUAAUCUGGAGGUGUGGGGCGCGCGCCUCGAGUGUCCGUCGCUACAUGAGGCUGACCAGCUGGAAAUUAGGCGCAAAAUGCGCUUCGAGAACGGCACCUGGGGCGUCUGGCUUCCCCGCAUGGAGCCCCCAAAGCCUUCGGUGACGGAGGAGGCGGCUGGUAAGGAGGUCGGCGCCAAAGUGGCCGCUUUCCUGCGCCGCGGACAGCAGAGGACGCCGAGCAACACCAGUUCGCUGCUGCAGCGCCUCCGACGCAGACAGCGGAGUCUCACCUGGCACCCCUGCCACGUGGACCCAGUGCUGCCUGAGGGGCUAAUCCACCUAGUUCGCAAGUGCCGUCCUAACGUGACUGGACGAUGUCCAGACUCAUGGCGAGAGCCGAAGGUGGCCGAAAUGUGCGAGAAGCACACAGCUCAUGUCUUCCACGGCGUCGGCCGCACUUUCAAGAACGUCUACUGCGCCAUGUGCUGGGGCGUGCCGGUGCAGGAGCUCUCCUGCCAGGGCUUGUUGGGCACCAGGAACGGGCUCUUCAAGGACUUCAGCCCGACAGCCUUCGCCGUGCUGUUCGACUUCAGUCCGGUGCACAGUUGCCAGGGCAGGAUAUUUGAUCCGUUUGUGGGCUCCUGUCGGACCCUGGUCUGCCAAGAGUCCGCGGACUCGGGCUGCGUGUCUGUCAAGCCGCAGCCGCUGAAGCAGGACAAGCCUUCCGAGGAGAUUAAAACCAAUGAAAUUCCGGAUGGAAAGCUGGACUGCGACUCCACCCAGCUGUCAGUGGAGGAGUUCUCGGUCAUCGAGCCGGACACUCUCCUGGUGACCAACACCGGCGUGCAGCUACGAGAGUUUAAGCUUUUGCGAAAUGGCUCCGCGCUCGUUUGCAAACAGCCCGUAGUAGAGGACGCGGCCUCUCUAGCCGAAGACAGAUUCGGGGCCGCCCUCGGCUACGUGACCCUCGUCUGCCUCGGCAUCUCGAUAAUCUGCCUCGUGCUGCACCUACUCGCCUUCGCCCUGUCCAAGACGCAUAGAGCUUCAGCUAACAACCUGGCAUCCCUGUGUGUCGCCCUGCUGGUCGCCUACCUGGCCUUCUUGUUGGGACAGGUGGUUCGCCAGCAUCACGCCUUCUGUGUCGCCUCAGCCGUGCUGACCCUCUACUGUUUCCUCGCCGCCUUCUCCUGGAUGCUGGCCAUUGCGGUGGAUGUUUGGAGCUCCCUCAGAAGAGCCACUACGCAACUCAGGUGCUCAUCAUCUUCCAGGUGGAAGCGAUUUUUCUUCACCUCCCUGCUGUGCUGGCUGACCCCUGCCCUGGUGGUGCUGGCAGCGGUGCUGGUGGAGAAUGCACCCGCCGGGGCCGUGUCUGAAAUGCUGCGUCCGGCGUUCGCGGCGCGACCUGGCAUCUGCUGGUUCACGAGCCGGCGUUCGCUGCUGCUCUUCUUCGCCGCGCCGGUGUCAGCAGUGAUGCUGCUGAACGCCGUUUUCUUCACCUCGAGCGCCCUGAUGAUCCACACGUCGAGCGUGACGCGCACCGACUUCCGGCUCUACCUUCGGCUGGCCGUGCUGAUGGGCCUUACCUGGUCAGUGGGCCUGUUGGCCGGCUUCCUCGACACGCCCGCCCUUUGGCUCGUCUUCGUCGUGCUCAACAGCCUGCAGGGCCUGUUCAUCUUCCUCGCCUUCACCUGCACCUCCAAGGUGCUGAAGGAGUGCAAGGACCGCUGCUGCUGCGGCUGCUUCAGGCGUAAGAGGCGCGGCGUCAUUAACUCGGACACCAUCCAGGGCAUCAAGGGCCCCGCCAAGGUCACCACCAGCGCCGACAUGCUGCCUUGGUCGGCCUUCUCCAGCAGCGUCAUGUCCACCAAGUCCUCGCUACACAGCAUGGAUUCCAGCAGGAGCACCGAUGAAACGCUUUACUAAACAGUUAAUUACCAGUCCCAAUUUUCCAACAUUUGUGCAAUCGAAGCGGUGAUAGAAAAGUUCAAACAAUAUUUUUGUACAUACAGCAGAGAGUGCAUUUUUGUUUCCUAUAUAUUGUGUAAUUUGCAGACGAUAACUGUAUAAUUUAACAAUUGUAUUAAUUAUGAUUUAUGAUGUACAUAUCAGCCAAAUAAAAAUAGCAACCUACUUGUAAGUUUAAAUAA